AUGUGUCGGAGGCCGCCGCAAAAACUUUUGCCUGUGCCGGGUAGCUCUGAGCCACAGAGUGACGAUGCUGCGAGGUCACGCGCGUUUCAUUUCCCCUACCCCACAGCAUACCGAAUACAACUCGAUCUCAUGUCCGCCCUGUUUGACACGAUCGAACAAGGCAAGGCAGGUGUGUUUGAGAGCCCUACAGGCACAGGAAAGACACUUAGCCUGCUCUGCAGUGCACUAACAUGGCUUGAGAUGAAUCGACAACGGCAUAUCCUGGGCGUCCGAGCAUCGACAGAGACGAAAGAGACUGCCACAGGUGGCGAAGAUGACAGUGAGCCUGAGUGGGUCCUUGCACAUGAAGAAGCAAGGCAACGAGAGUCUCUGGCAUUGUACGAAAAUGAGCUGCGUGAGCGCUUAGAUCGUGCCAGACUGUGCCUUCCAGGAACAAGGGCGGCACAGCAAGACGUCCGACCAAGUCGUGGCCCAAAACGAGCGCGCGUUGAUACCGGCAGCAGCGACAUCACAGACGACGACGAAUUUCUUGUGGAUGACUACAGCGAACGACCAAAGCCGAUCGUAUCCAAAGGACAAGCUGGAUCUGAUAUGAAUCUCUCAGACGAAGUGCGCGCAAUGAUGCAAGCAUACGAAGAACAGGGAUUUGCUGGCAGACAAUGUGGUGGCAUGGCGCCCGAGAACACACCAGAGACACGGCCAAAAAUCUUUUAUGCAAGCCGGACACAUUCGCAGCUUGCACAGCUGAUCAACGAAGUGAAGCGCACGCCAUUUGGAAAAGCACGCGAGCCGGUACGAAGCAUCAGUCUCGGUAGCCGGAAACACAUGUGUCUACAUGCGGACGUGCGCCGUGUAGGUGCUACGUCAGGUACAGAUGCAAUGAAUGAACGGUGUCUUGAGCUCAUACAAAACAAAAAGGGUCAGCGGUGCCCGUUUCUCCCGCCGCAUGAUGCUAUGGGUCAAGUUACAAUGGAUAGAUAUCGUGACCAUGCUCUGGCACAAGUUCAUGACAUCGAAGAGCUUGUGCAGCUUGGGAAGGACCUGCGUAUCUGUCCGUACUUUGGUACGCGACAUAGUGCGCGAAAUGCGGAACUUGUGACGCUGCCGUAUAACUUGUUGCUCCAGCAUGACGCUCGCGAAGCGCUGCAGCUUUCUCUUGAAGAAAGCAUUCUUCUCAUUGACGAAGCACAUAACUUGAUCGACACCAUCCUUGCGACGUAUACAACAGAGCUCACGCAAGCACAUAUUGAUGAGGCCACCGCACAGGUCGACGUAUACUUACAACGCUUUUCCAAGCGCCUGAAGGGUGUAAACGAGGAGCACAUACGGAUUCUUCAAGUGAUUCUACAUGCGAUGCAGUCAUUUUGCGCUGAGAUCUGCAAAAAUAAGCAGCAUAUGUGGCAACGAGAUACAUCCCUGACGCUGCCUGCAUUUAUGGCACAUCUGGGCGGCUCUGUGGACCAAAUCAAUCUCGUACGUUUAGAACGCUGGCUCAAAGAUACACGUAUUGCUCGAAAGAUUGGUGGAUAUGCCAACAAAGUGUGGGAACGUGCUCAGACAAGCGAGAAUCCAAGUACCUGGAGACCUGCGACACGCCCUUCAUGCAUGACACGUGCCAUGCACUCGCUCGAGGCUUUUCUGCUGGCCCUUUGCAAUAGGAGCAUGAAUGGGUGUAUUCUCGUUUCGAAUGAACGCGCUAUCAGUGGUGGCAGGGGUACUGACAACACGGUUAGCGGAGGUGUUCGCUUCAAGUAUCUAUUAUUGCAUCCUGGCGAUGCGUUCGAGCCUCUUGUUGCCGAUGCGCGUGCCAUCGUUCUCACUGGCGGUACGAUGGAGCCGAUCUCCGACUUUCGCACACAGCUCUUUUCCAAUCUACCCGACGAGCGUUUGUCAUUGUUUUCCUGCGGACACAUUGUGCCGCGUGACCACGUAUUGGGUGCCGUCGUGCCCGUCGGCCCCAAAGGGCACACACUCGAGUUUACUCACGAGGCGUGGCAGCGCCCGUGCUUGCUGGACGAGCUUGGCAACGUGCUGUCGAACUACAGCAACAUUGUGCCGCAUGGCAUGGUCGUAUUCUUCCCGUCCUAUGCAAGUCUUGACAUGACGGUGGCGCAAUGGCGCAAGACUGGCAUGUUGGAUCGUCUGUCAAAACGUAAGCAAGUAUUCAUGGAGCCAAAGGAUGCAAAAGACGUCGAUACCAUUCUGAGGCAGUAUGCCUCGACCGUCAGUACGCCGCCACCAACGUCACCCAAAGGUGCCAUGCUGCUUGCUGUCGUUGGAGCCAAGCUAUCGGAAGGCAUCAAUUUUCAGGACGAACUAGCACGUUGUGUGGUGAUGGUGGGCUUACCAUUUCCGCAUUCUCAGAGCCCAGAGCUCGCGGAGCGCCUGGCUUUCGCUCGUUCUACACAACCACCAGAUACACGCUCUAGCACAGAUCCAGGUCGAGAUCUGUAUGUGAACAUGUGCAUGCGAGCUGUGAAUCAGUCGAUGGGCCGUGCCAUCCGCCACAGCGCCGACUAUGCGGUGUUCCUGAUGCUUGAUCAGCGCUAUGGACGCGAUUCCAUUCUCAUGCGCUUGCCUGGAUGGAUCCGUACUCAAGUGCAAGUGCAUGAGCGCUUUGGUUCGAGCAUCAAGGCUGUGGCACAGUUCUUCCAACAGAGAAAAAAGACAAAGUGA